UCUCUGUACUGUUGCACUGCCUUUUUGUUUCUGUUACAUUUGGGGAAAUCGUACCCCAACCUGUCCUAACUCGAUCUAUUCGAGCCCUACGGAGGUGACGAAUUUGGAAAGUUACAGAAAGAACAUUCUUUUUCUUACAUUUACAACAAUCCCCGACCUGUCCUAAUUCUAACCCAUCAAUUACUUCCCUUUCUCUCUAUCUGGUUGACCAAAAACUUGUUCUAUUACCUUUCGUUUUCUUACUUGGUGUCUUUCUUGAUAUAUCCAUCCCAUGUUUUUGGCUUUCUCUGCCAUGCAUACUUAGGAGAGCAUGUAGUUUUUUGUUGAGCUGAUAGAAGCACUCAAUAACUCAUUGAGAUCUUUACGUUAAUUUAAGCAAAGCUAGGAGCAAAGACUUAUUGGUAUUUUGCAGUAUAUUUGCUGGACUUUUACCUCUACCAAUGAGCAUCAGUCAUGUUGUUCUUUCAGUACUCUAUAGCAGCCAGACUCAGUACUGAUCAUGGCCUUCUUCUAGGAGCCAAAGUUUUACCAAGCUUGUCUUAACGUUUUAAAGCUGCAAAGUUCCCCUGCUAGAAACUUUUCCUUUUUGUCUCUAAUUUUCUUGUAGCACAAGAAACAUGCCAAACAGUACCAUUGGUGAUCAAGCUUCUGAAGGUGUCAGCCACUCGACUUUUACUACUGACCUUAUUCAAACCGUUAGUAGUUGUGUCCAAUAUGAGCAGAGCAAGCAGAGCCGCUGGUAUAAAUACAUUGCUGUUGGGGUUUUCAUCUGGCGCACCAGAAACAAGUCACGCCUCCGCAAAGCAAAGGCCCCUCGUUAUCAACGGUUUCUGAAAAAGGUUGCUCACCUUGAUGUGGGACAGACGGUCUCACACCUCGGAUCCUACUUCAAGGAUCGUGCUGCUUAUAUCCCUUUAUUAGCACCAACAACUCCAACAACGCCGCCGGACGCAGCUGCCUCAAAUCAUGUGAUUGACAUCCCUCUUCAAGAAUGGCUUCUGAAAGAGGUUGCUCGCAUUGUGAGAGAGAAGGACUUGAAUGCACUGCGAGCACGCGGUGGUGUUGAUGGUGUUUCAGCACUUCUCAGGUCUCACUCUGAGGAUCAUGCUGAUGAUGGUGGUCAAGUUCCACAACUAUCAUUGAAGACUACCAAGCCUGUUUUCUUUCACUUCCUGUUGAAGGCUUGCAAUCAGUACACAAUCUUUUUCCUCCUAGGCUCAGCUGGGUUGCAAUUUGCUAUUGAAUUUAUGAAGCAAGGAGUCAAACAAGGGUGGCAUGAUGGUGUUGCCAUACUUGUUACUGUGUUCCUACUCGUUGCUUUUCCUUCAGUUGGGAACUAUCGCAACGAGAGGAAGAUGGUGAAGCAGUUGAUGGAGAGGAACAAAUUUCUGGUGGAUGUUGAAAGAAAUGGAGAAUCUAGAGCGGUUAUGAUAUCUCAUGUUUCGGUGGGUGAUAUAGUUCAUUUGAAGAAGGGAGACCAUGUUCCUGCUGAUGGCUUGUUCAUAGAUCAUGGUGUGGAACUGGUCUUGGAUGAGGUAUUGAGCCCCACAAUUGAUUUUGAAAACAACCCAUUUGUGUUGUCUGGUUCAAAAGUUAUUGAGGGCCAGGGUCGAAUGAUGGUGACAUCUGUCGGUGUCAAUACUGCUUUUGCAGAGAUGCUGAGCUUGGUGACUGAGGAUCAUAAUCCAAAUAGGAAGACUCUGUUACAAGCUUUGAUGGACAAACCAUAUACUUAUAUGGAGUAUCUUGCGUGUUGUGUUUCAAUUCUGAUUGCUGUUGUGGUGCUAAUACGGUUACUAGUAUUCAGGAAGCAUGACAACUACAAUGACAGGCCAGACCUGAAAGGGGAAGUUUCAGUGAGCUUGCUGAUGAAGAUUUUCGAGAAAAUAUACUUGAAAACUCAAGGAAGGGUCUCCACUUUAGCAAGUGUUCUUGCUACUGUGGUAAUUGGGAUACAACAUGGAAUGCCCUUUGUGAUUUCCCUUGCACUUUGUCAAUGGAAGGAGAAGGUGGUCCAAAAUGGGGCAGAUCCUCGGAAUCUUUCAGCUUGUGUCACCAUGGGACUCAUAACAGUCAUCUGCAUUGAAACAACUAGUGAGAAAAUGUGCAACGAGAUGGAGGUUAUGGACUUUUGGAUAGGUGAUAAGGAUUUAAGCAAUGAAGUGGAGUCUGAUCAAACUGAACAAUUUGCUCUCAAAGGACUACGUCAAGAGAUUUCUGCUACCCCAGCAAAUGAUUCGUUCAUUUCUUCGAUCAAGACCAGAUGGGGCGUUACUGACAUGGAGGUAUUGGAACAGACAUUUAUAACUCUGGAAGAGAGAAAAUUGAGUUCUGAUGAGAAAUGUAGUGGCAUCCUAAUGAGGAAAACAGAGAGCAGUGCACAAGAUAUGCAGCUGCAUAUGAGUGGAGAUGCAUCAACAAUCUUAGACAUGUGUUCACAUUAUAAUGAUAAGACUGGGGAAAGUCGUAUUCUGGAAAUUCAGAAGAGAAAGUUUAAGCUGGUCAUUAAGAACAUGGAGGAGAAGGGUCUUAGACCGAUUGCAUAUGCUUACAAGAAAACAAAUGUUCAAGAAUUUACAGAAAAUGGGUUGAAAUUGUUGGCACUGGUGGGAGUCAGAUGCCCAUAUCAAGAAGAGCUUAAAAUUGCAGUGGAAGCUUUUAGAAAGGCCGGAAUAAAAAUCAAGCUGGUAUCCGAGGAUGAGCUCUCAAUAGUGACUGAGCGAGCUUCUGAUCUUGGAAUCUUUAACCCUGGUAGUGGUGAUAUGGAGAUUAUCGCAGGCGAAGCUUUCAGAAGACUCAACUCCAUGGAAAGACUAAAUAAGGUGGAUUUGAUAUCUGUGAUGGGAAGUUCUCUCCCAAGAGACAAGCUUCUCAUGGUGGAGCGCUUAAAGAAAAACGGUCACAUAGUAGCGUUCUAUGGAGGGUUAACCAUAAAUGAUACUAGGACUUUGAAAGAAGCUGAUGUUGGAAUCACAGAGGAUAUAUGGAGCACUGAGAUGGCCAGAGACAAUGCUGAUAUUAUAGUUAAGGAUGGCUGCUUAUGGUUCCUGAACUUGAAGUCUGGGAAAUGUGCUUACCACAACAUUCAGAACUUCUGUCAAAUUCAGCUCACGGCUUGCAUAUCCGGGUUGCUAGUAACGUUAGUAGCAACGAUGCAUUCAGGGGACUCUCCAUUGACCGCAAUUCACUUGAUUUGGGUGAACUUGAUAAUGUGCCUUCUAGGCAGCCUAAUGAUGGUAAUGGAGUUAGAACGCCAGGAGCCACUUGCUCAAGAACCAGCGCCAAGGACUCAAGAACCGGCGCCAAGGGCUCAGCCACUUAUAACCAAAGCCAUCUGGAGAAACAUAGCCAUUCAAGUUUCAUACCAGGCUUCCAUCUUGCUGGUCUUGCAUUUCAUGGGAAAUGCAAUAGUGAGCAUGAACCAAGGCGUCCCGGGUACCAUGGUUUUCAAUAUUUACACCUUGUGUCAGGUCCUUAAUCUGUUCAGGGCCAUGCACCUACUGAACAAGGAAGUGCUAAAUGUUGUUCUUCACAGCUAUUGGUUUUUGAUGGCCUUGGGGGCUGUUAUGGUCAUGCAGGUGGUGAUUGUUGAGUUUGGGAAAGGACUAGCCAGUGGUGUGAGGUUGGAUGCAAUACAGUGGGCAUCCUGCUUCCUUCUUGCUGCUCUUUCAUGGCCGUUUGAUUUGCUCUUUCGAAGAGAAAAUUUGGCAUUGGGGAGAGCACCUAUGGGGAUGUCAAGAUUUUACAUUUGUGCUUCGUUGUUCCUCAUUUUCUCUGUAUCAUAUUGUUUCGAAUCAGAUUAUGCACACACAACAUAGCAGUUAAGUUAGUUUCCAAAUGGUAAACAAACCAUAUAUAUCUUUAGGUCUCAAUGUAUUCCAAGGCCUCUGUGUAUAAUUGUAUAUGUAAUUGGGAACACUGUCAUUUGUAAAUGUGAA